AAGGAUGGUGAGAGGGAAGACACAGAUGAAGCGUAUAGAGAACGCGACGAGCAGGCAAGUGACAUUCUCAAAGAGACGUAAUGGACUUUUAAAGAAAGCUUUUGAGCUCUCAGUUCUGUGUGAUGCUGACGUUGCUCUCAUAAUCUUCUCCCCAAGAGGCAAGUUGUAUGAAUUUGCAAGCUCUAGCAUGCAGGCAACAGUUGAACGUUAUCGCUGUCAUAAUAGAGAUGCUCAAACAGCCACCAGAUUUGUAGAACAAAAUAUGCAGCAUCUAAAGCAAGAAACUGCAACUAUGAUGAAGAAGAUUGAGCAGCUUGAAAUUGCAAAACGGAAGCUCUUGGGAGAAAAUUUUGGCUCAUGCUCCGUAAAAGAACUAGAAGAGAUAGAACAGCAGCUGGAAAGGAGUGCAAGAAAAGUUCGUGAGAGGAAGAUUCAAGUUUAUAACGAACAAAUGGAGCAACUACAAGAAAAGGGAAAAACAUUAGCAGCAGAAAAUGCAAGGCUCUCUGACAAGUAUCAUAGCUUGGCAAAGCAAGCAAGAGGGAAGAAUCAUUGUGAAAAUCCAGCCUCCUUAGAAAAUAGUCCAACUUCAGAAGUAGAAACUAACUUGUUCAUUGGAUUACCAGAAACAAGAGGCAUAACUCUUCCUCCUCAUGUGGUUUGAUUGAAGAUUAUAAUAAAAUUCAGGUUUAUGUCAUGAUUUGCAAAUAUAUAUAUGAAAUAAGGGUAGCCCCAACCGGUGAGUAAUAAUUUGUAUAUAUCAAGAUGCCUGGCUGUUUCAUUGCAAUUUAUAAUGAUGGUCUAUAGAUAACAGACAUUAAUUAGUGUUGCAUA